AUGUCUAUGAUAUCCAAGAUGGUUUUCAGGACGCGCCUCCGCUGGGUGACGGAGGCGCCCCCAACGUUCGGAAGGCGCAACCGCAUUUCGAACGUGAUGCUACGGACCGCACGAGGAAAGCCGCCGCCGGUAGGAUCCCCCGAGACGGGGGAUGCGGGAGAGCUCCUGCGCGCACUUAACGGUGGCGGCAUGGACGACCUCAACGAGAAAACCCUGGAUGACCUGAAGAACAUCUACAGACUCUGCUUCCCCGGUGGAAGGGGAAUCAGCGCGUACACAAAGAAGGAAGAUUUCAUCGGCUGCUUCCAACAGCUUUGGAGGUUUGCGCUUGGACCGGAUGAAGCGGACCGUUGCUCCAAGGUGUUCAUCGUCCGGCCAUCGGGAAAGACGGCUGGAGUAGAAGGGCUGUUCACCCCUGACGGAGUAGUGAAUUCGCAUCUGCUCCAGGUCACGUCGGAGAGUCCGGCAGACGUUGUGGACACCAUGCGGCACCUGGCGGUGAGGAAUCGUGCUUCUGCACGCACGGCGAAAGAAGGCGUUCCUACACCCUCGCCCCACAUACUCUUCCCGACUACAGCCCGCUGA